AACGCCUGACUUCAUCGCCAUCUUGUUUUUUGUCAACGUGAAAACUUGUGACUUGGAUUUCAAAACGUAAAACCUUACUUUAAAUUUUAUAAGAUAUCCAGGAGAUUUAUUUAAUUUCGAAAUCAGUAAUUCAUUAGCUUUUAAGAUGCCAAAUAUCAAGCUUCAAAGUUCUGAUGGCGAGAUAUUUGAAGUAGAUGUUGAAAUUGCUAAACAGUCAGUUACGAUCAAGACCAUGUUAGAAGAUCUUGGCAUGGAUGAAGAUGACGAUGACGCUGUUCCUUUACCAAAUGUUAAUGCAGCAAUUCUAAAAAAGGUAAUUCAAUGGGCAACCCAUCAUAAAGAUGACCCUCCCCCACCAGACGAUGAUGAGAACAAAGAGAAGAGAACAGAUGAUAUAGACCCAUGGGAUCAGGAAUUCUUAAAGGUUGAUCAAGGAACACUCUUUGAACUCAUAUUGGCAGCAAACUAUCUAGAUAUAAAAGGAUUACUAGAUGUGACAUGUAAAACAGUUGCAAAUAUGAUUAAAGGUAAAACACCAGAGGAAAUAAGAAAAACGUUCAACAUCAAGAACGACUUUACACCUGAAGAGGAAGAACAGGUACGGAAGGAGAAUGAAUGGUGCGAAGAGAAAUAAGUCUCAACAGAGGAUUGUCAAAGCUCUCUUUUCUACACAGACAUUUAUUUCAUCAUUACCACCAUUACUAUUGGAAACUUUUUUAACUAUUAUCAUUUUUGUCUUGCUGUGAAAUUGGARUUGUACCUAAACAAACACAAAUGUUUGGUUUGUCCAUGCAAAUACAGUUAACUUGUGUAAGUAAWACAAAACUAAUAAUUAUUGUAAAUCAAAAGAAUUGCUGUUUUUUCUUGAAGUAUUUCUUGUAGAUUGAACAGAGUACUCAUGUUUGUGCUCUCAAAAGUUGUGUUCUUUAUCAAAAAUAUAAAUAAAAAYAUUUCUUUGUGACUA